UUGCACUGUGGAACACUAAAUCACAUCUUAGUGCAAAACAUUAUGAUUUGUUACGAGAAGCGUAAACAAUAGUCAUUCAGUAUCAACACCUUGCAUCAACAGGAUGUUUCUACCUGUGAUUAGUGUUUUACUAUUAAUAGUUGGUUCUACGUUAACAAAAUUAACAUGUGGCAGAAAUGAAGUGAUAGACGACUGUCCAGCAGAUUGUGCAUACGACUACUGCCCUAAAGAUGAGCACCACGACGCAAAACCGUGCGUCAAGCCUGAGGUGUGUCCGCCGGCGAAGUGCAAGUGUGGCUUCAACUACAGAAAAGCUGAAAAUGGCACUUGCAUACCGACUACUGAGUGUCCUCCCUUCGAAUGUUCCCGACCAAACGAAGUAUACCAAUCGUGUCCAUCUUACUGUCCCUCGGAUGACUGCAGCGACGCAUCUGUGUCGGGCGUUUGUCCUUACUGGCUGCUCAUUGUAGUCAACUGUAGUCCGCGCUGCAAAUGUAUUGAGCACUAUUGGAAGGAUGGGAAUGGAGUGUGUGUGCCUUAUGAAAAAUGCCCGAUCAUAAGUGCGCGAGAAGAAUAUAAAUUAUUAUUAUUACCAACGCCGACAGAUUAUCACCAAGCAGUGCCGGAGUAACAACCUAUAGCAUAAUAAUCAAAAUGUUUAAUAAAUACUUACUUACUGCCAAUAUUUUUAAUACCUACCG